CAGUUUCCCGCGAAACUGCGCAGCGAUUGGCCGCGCGUUCCAUUUUCAAACCUCGGAAAUCGUAACUAAUUCGAAACGGUGUUCUAUUUACAAACUCUUUUCAAUAUUAAUUAUUUGUUUACUGUGUCUUUUGUUUAUGGUUGUGGAAUGUCGUUUGAAAUUGGAAUGCACAUAAUGUAAAGUUACCGGCGAACAAGAUGCAUGUAACUGCGUCGAAAUAUCGGGAGCUCGAAAACAAUACAAAAGGAAACAAGAUGGCGGUUUCCGGCGAGGUGUACGAGGACGGAGGAGUCAAAUUGCAUCCGUACCUGAUUGCUUUAGCACGAUGGUGCGUGUCCUGCCUGUGGAGCACCGCCUCCGCCAUGCUGUAUCGUCUGUUGACCAACCCUCUACCGCAGAUCACAGCUCCAAAGUAUUCAAAACCGCGGCCAGCUGGCAAAGAACAUCUGCACCCGGAGCCUAAAGUUGAAUGUGUGGUUCUCUACCAACCAGAGACGCCUAAGGUUGACGUCAUCUUCGUACAUGGACUGUAUGGUUCCCUUGGCAACACCUGGAGACAAGGAGAAUGGAGGUCCAAAUACAAAAUAGAACCCAACAAAAUAAACCUCAGGCGACCCAGCUCCAUCCCGUCCUGCGAUUGUGACAAACAAGCAAAAGAUGUGUUUAUUGAAGAUGCAAAUAAAAUUGAAAGUAUUAAGAACAGUAUCAAACUAGAAAACGAAAAUAUACUCAAUUUUAACGAGAAAGAAAUCACAUUUACAAACAUAGAUGAAUAUUAUAAAAGAAUUACGGAUGAUGAAAUGUUCAUAACAGAGAAGUUUUAUAAAGGCGGGGACCAAUGUGAAGUUAUUGAUAAUUAUGAUACGCAAGCGAAGUUUGUCAGGGAUUUGUUUAAUAUGGAGAAUUUGAAAGUGGAGAAAAAGGAGAACGAUAAUUGUAGGUGUCGGGCGGAGGAGAAACGGUGUGAGGUGGGUUGUGGCUGCAUUUGUGACGAGUGCUACUCCGAGUGCUGGCCUCGGGACUGGAUCAAGGAGGACUACCCUCACGCCAGGGUCAUAUCCAUCAACUACACCAGUGACCCUCAUCUAUGGAGACCUUUGUGGAUCAAGCAGUGCAAGAGACUGCACCUGCACGAGCGAGCAGAGCAGAUGAUCGCGCAGCUGCUGGCCCUGGGUGUGGGGCAGCUGCCCAUCGUGUGGGUGGGGCACUCCAAGGGGGGGUUGUUCAUCAAGCAGAUAUAUUGUGAAGCUUACGAAGCCUAUAUCGAAUUACAUGGGAAUCAAAGUGGAGAAAUUAAUGAUAAUAUGGACAUGAAACAAAACUGCGACGAAUACGAUAAAGACAACGAAAUGAAUCACAAAACUGACAGCAAUAAUGACAAAAAUAAUUUGACAAUUGAAGAAAAUAAGGGUAAGGAUGAAAUGGGUGUAAAAGAAAGACAUUUAGACGAUACGGGUAAAACAAACAUUUAUGAACAAGUUUAUGAAGAAAGCAUAGAAUCUAAUAGAAAUGAGGAUGAUAAUUCCAGCAAUAUAAAUGAUAAUUGUAAGAAUAAUUUAGAAUUAAGAUAUGACGAGAAUGAUAUUUAUGAUGAUAGCUCAGCUAGUGAAAGUUUUUGUGAUUUAAGACAAGCGAACGAUGGAAAUAUUCCAGGGUCUUCAAACAGUGAAGAAGGCCUGUCCCAGCGUGCCCAGCUGUGGUCGCUGAGCUCAGGUUUCAUGUUUUACUCCGUCCCGCACCGCGGCUCGCCGCUCGCGGACAUCAAGACUCCCCUGACGGCUCGCUCCAUCGAACUGCUGGAAAUGGGACAAGACUGCUCGCUGGUGACGGAGCUGCACGCGCGCUGGCUGGGCGCGGCGGCGCGCGCGGCGCCGCGGGUGCGGAGUCUGGUGGAGACCGCAAGGACGCUCAUGGCCGUGCUCUGGCUGCGGAUCGUCAGCACCGACUCUGCUGAUGCCGGUAUAGGCGCCUUAUGCGGCGUUUCGGUGGACCACCGCGAAAUCUGCAAGCCCUCCAGCCGACACUGCAUUCUCUACACGGAGCUCAAAGCGCUAAUACACGCAGCUUUAGAAAAGUGCGGAAAGUAACGCCAUCUAGCGGGCAGUAGCUAAACUACCAUCACUAUCUGCGCGCGGUAGAUCGCAAGCCUGCAUUCUGUAAAUGAAGCUCAGUGGUUGUUCACGCCGCUUUAGCGCGGCAAUAGCUAACUACCCAUUGCCAGUUCGAAGCUGGUUGCAUGAUAAACUCAAAGCCCUUUCACAUUGAAAAAAUUUCAGCAGUAGCGCCAUCUAACGGGCAAUAGCUGAACUGCCCAUGCUUCAACCAGCCGAUCGUAGUAGGUUUACUUCGAUGGUAUAAGCGCAUAGAUAGACCACAGGGAAAUCUGCAAGCCCUCCAGACAUUAAAGCAUUUCCUACACAGACCAUAAAGCACGUAUACCUUAUUUAUAUGCCGUUUAGAACGAGGCACUGACGCCAUCUAGCGGGCAAUAGCUUUGAAACGGCCAAAAAACAAAAGUUCUUUAUCUGAAUCGUAAAAUCGUGUACCAAUCGCAUACCACAACUUUAAAACAUGAAUAUGUAAAGUCAUCCUUUAAGUAAAACUUGAACAGUGCAGUAAAACACUUAUUUUAAUUAUAAGUGCUAUUUGAGGUUAGUUAUAAAAAAAUUGAAUGCCAUAAAAAGUGCCACAAUGUGGCUGUGUUGUUUGUGAUAAGCUUGUAAAGAUUUAUUUUAAAUUUUAAGAAAAUGCUCUUAGGGCCGAAACCAUAGAGAAAAUAGUACAUAGCUCACUCCAUUCAUCAGUUUUGGUACCAAAACGCUUAUUAUUUUCGUAGUCGACAUCUAGCAUCGAGUAGCGGAAUUACCAGUACCAUUACGGAAUUAUCGUACCUGCGACAUAUUCCAUUAUUUAUAUUGAUACUCUCUUGGAUAUAUUUUAUAUUUUUAACGAAAUAUUAAAGCUGUGUUUACACUAGUUUGCCCGCGUUCUAAAGCUAAGUGUAAAUACGCCCUUAUGAAACUAUCAUUCCAUAGCAAGUAUAUCAUCAAAUAUCUCAACGUCAAAUCUGAUAACCUUAUCUUCUUUUUCUUCUUCCUCGCGUUGUCCCGGCAUUUUGCCGCUCAUGGUAGUCUGGGGUCCGCUUGUCAACUAAUCUCAAGAUUUGGCGUAGGCACUAGGUUUUUACGAAAGUGACUGCCAUCUGACCUUCCAAUCCAGAGGGUAAAUUAGACCGGUUUCCUCACCUCUGAAAUCUGAUAACCUUAUACCAAAAGUUUUAGGAAAGCUUGAGUAGAUAUGUAUUUUUGACGUGCGCUGUAUUUUGAUUUUUUUAUCAGUCAAAAAUUUGUUCGCGAUGUAUUGUGGCGCCACCUAUUUAAGGUUUUUGGAUGAAAACUUCGUACACAUAAAUUGUUCUCCUUAGAUACUGAAAUUUAAUUAUUUGACUGUACAAAAGCAUUUUUGCCCAAGCUAAAAACUCAGACCUUCGCUAACGCUCAUAUCUGAUAUAUUUAUAAUUCGGUCAAAUUUACUAGCAGCGUACUUUAGCAAUUGCUACAAAUCAGUGAUAUUAAGAUAAAUGUUAUAUUCUACUCAUGUUAUUGUGUAGUUAUGUUAUGAAAUAAAAAUACAUCGUUACCUGUAAAUUGACUUUAUUAUUAAUAAAAUAUCCUGCCCAAA